GCAGACGAACACAGAUCACUGGACGGCAAACCAAGGACAACUCUGCUGCUCUGACUGGGGAAUUCAAUCUAUCUCGCCUGGGAACUAAGAGUUUCGGCAUUUUCCCCAAUCCCGGAUUGGGAAUACUUUAUCGACAAAAAAAAAAGGACAAGCGGCUCUAGAUGUCCUGGCUGAUGAAGACUAAAUCUUCGUGGUGAAGUGAGCAGCAAAGCUCUGUGGCAUUUCCCAAUAAUACGUGUGUCUACCGUAAUGCAGUUUGUGCUCCUCAUAAGGAUAUGCUGAAACAGGUUUUCUUCAAGCCUUGGCAGUCGAGUGAUUGUACUGUCUAAAAUCUAUAUUGUGAAGAUGUACCGUGGAUCGUUAGACAGCAGCUCAGAUUAUAAACAAUGCCAAGAUGAAUAUAUGUGAGAAAGAUACUACAGAGUAACAGGAAUCUGUAGACAUCAUAAUCCUUCAACUUGACUUGCUUAGAGAUUGCUCUCGAGGAGAUUCUUACUUCCAAAAGAGAUGGUUGUAUGUUUAGUAGAAGCUAUUGGGAGAUACAAGUGUGGAGCAUGACCAGUUUAAAACGUUCCCAGACUGAAAAGGUGGGUAUCGGUGCCACUGCAGUUAUUGGCCCUGAACUAACCAUUGGUGCACGUUCAGAUGACUUCUACGCGCGCCGAUUCCGAACACCAAACGGCACGUUUGGUUCCUCUAGUGUGACUGGGCCACCUCAACGAAGUGAAAGUGCUCACCAUGUUGGUGCAAUGCCAGGUGUGCCUAAAAUGGGUGUUCGAGCAAGGAUUGCUGACUGGCCUCCCAGAAAAGACAUGGCUAAGGAGUCUUGUAGAACAAGUGACCAAGAAUCUGCAGGCAGUCCAGAUGGCACAGUCAUGUCUAUCCACUCUGGUAGCCCAAACAGCCGGCUGAGCCAAAGUAAUCAAAAUUCUCUGGAAUCAUUGGCAUCAAGGAGGAUGCAUAGUGACUACCUACAAUCCAAGGCACAAGAGAUGGAAAGCUUGGAUUCUAGGUUUCUUACACCAGAUGGUUACCUCCAGUCUCCUGCAAAGGGCCUUCGCAGAAUAAGGCAGCGCAGUAAUAGUGACAUCACGAUCAGUGAGCUGGAUGUCGAUGGAGCUGAGGAGUAUGGAGCAUUGAGUCACAAAUUGGGAACUGCUCUUCACCGUGAAUAUGGCAGCACCUCCUCCAUUGACAAACAUGGAAUGUCAGGGGACAGUUUUUUUGAUUUAUUAAAGGGUUAUAGAAAUGAACAGACUGAUCAACGAAGCCCAGCACCAGAACAACUCAGUGAGCUACUAAAGGCAGAAGCAAGUAAAGCCUAUGGUUCAAAUAUUGAAAGUACCAAAUCUGACUUUGUGGAUGGUUUCUUUGCACACAGAGGGAGCCCCAGGCCACUGCAUAAAGAAAGGGAGAAACCACUUAAGAGGCGAUCGAAGUCUGAAACUGGGGAUUCCUCUAUUUUCCGCAAAUUGCGCAAUGCCAAAGGUGAAAGUGAGCUAGGCAAGUCAGCAGACUUUGAGGACAACAAGUCAGAAGACAGUGUGAAGGGCUGGACUUGCCAGAAAUGCUUUGCUCAUUACGAUGUGCAGAGUGUACUGUUUGACUUGAACGAAGCUGUGAUGACCAGGCACAGUGUCAUUAAGAGGAGGAACACCACAACAGGUGCAUCUGCGGCUGCUGCCGCCUCACUGACUGCUGGCCCACUAGCACAUUCGAUCAGCUUUAGCUCUCCCUCUGGCAGCACAGAGGACCUGAACUCAAAAGAGAAUCUUGACGUCGACUAUGGGGAUGAAAUAAGCAAUGAACUUGUGUUGAGCUGUUCAUACUUCAGGAAUGAGAUUGGUGGAGAAGGAGAACGCAAGAUAAGCCUAUCUCGGUCGAAUUCUGGGUCACUGAGUGGAUUUGAAAGCACCUCUUCUGAAUUUUCCCUGAGCUCCCACUGCACAAAUGCGGGAGUUGCUGUGCUGGAGAUAUCAAAGGAAAACUUGGCAGUACAUUGUGACAAAGUGAAGAGAUACAUUGUGGAACAUGUGGACCUUGGAGCUUACUACUAUCGGAAAUACUUCCAUCAAAAAGAACAUUCAAACUACUUUGGGGUGGAUGAAAAUCUGGGCCCUGUGGCGGUGAGCAUUAGACGAGAGAGGCUGGAAGACAGUAAAGAGCAUGGAGCUCAGUACAACUAUCGGAUCAUCCUUAGAACAAGUGAGCUUACUACUUUAAGAGGUUCUAUAUUGGAAGACGCAGUUCCUUCAACAGCCAAGCAUGGCACAGCCAGAGGUUUACCUUUGAAAGAAGUACUUGAAUUUGCUGUACCAGAGCUCAGUGUUCAUUGUCUCAGACUGGGCCUGAACACCCCCAAAGUCACAGAGCAGCUUAUGAAAUUGGAUGAACAAGGGCUUAGCUUCCAGCACAAAGUAGGGGUAAUGUAUUGUAAAGCUGGACAGAGUACUGAGGAAGAGAUGUACAACAAUGAAGUGGCUGGCUCCGCAUUUGAAGAAUUUCUCCAAUUAUUGGGAGACAAAGUACGUCUCAAGGGCUUUGACAAGUAUCGAGCCCAGCUCGACACCAAAACUGACUCAACUGGCACUCAUUCCCUCUACACGACCUACAAAGAUUAUGAGAUCAUGUUUCACGUUUCCACCCUGCUUCCUUACACACCAAACAACAAGCAGCAGCUUCUUAGGAAACGACACAUUGGGAAUGAUAUUGUGACCAUAGUACUACAAGAGCCUGGAGCCAUGCCCUUCACUCCAAAGAACAUUCGCUCCCAUUUUCAGCAUGUGUUUGUCAUAGUGAGAGUGCACAACCCUUGUACUGAAAAUGUCUGUUACAGUGUCGCAGUGGCAAGGUCAAAAGAUGUGCCUGCAUUUGGCCCACCAAUUCCAAAAGAUGUCACCUUCCCCAAGUCAUCUGUCUUCCGGGACUUUUUACUUGCUAAAGUGAUCAAUGCAGAGAAUGCAGCUCAUAAGUCAGAAAAGUUCCGUGCCAUGGCAACAAGGACACGGCAGGAGUACUUGAAAGAUCUGGCAGAGAACAGUGUCACUAACACACCAAUCGACCCUUCUGGGAAGUUUCCUUUUAUUUCUUUGGCAACAAAGAAGAAAGAGAAAUCAAAGCCUUACGCCAAUGCCGAGAUGUAUAGCCUGGGAACAAUUGUGUGGAGUGUCCGCGCAGAGGACUACAGCUGUGCUGCUGAAAUCGACUGUUUACUGGGCAUCUCCAAUGAGUUUGUGGUGCUUAUUGAAGAGAGUUCCAAGCAAGUAGUGUUCAAUUGCUCCUGCAGGGAUGUUAUAGGAUGGACUUCAAAUCUCACAACCAUUAAAAUCUUCUAUGAGCGAGGAGAGUGCAUUUUUGUCCGGACUUUUAAUAAUGUCGAGGAAAUUAAGGAGAUAGUCAAAAGGCUGGAGGUGACCACGAAGGGGUGCGAGACCGUUGAGAUGACAUUAAGGAGAAAUGGCCUAGGCCAGCUUGGUUUCCACGUUAACUAUGAAGGCAUUGUAGCAGAUGUUGAACCCUAUGGCUACGCAUGGCAAGCUGGACUCCGACAAGGUAGCCGACUGGUGGAGAUCUGUAAAGUUGCUGUGGCAACGCUGACCCAUGAACAAAUGAUUGAUCUGCUGCGAACAUCUGUAACAGUUAAAGUGAUCAUCAUUCCACCCCAUGAAGAUAGCACUCCUCGCAGGGGUUGUUCCGAGAUGUACCGCAUGCCCGUAAUGGAAUACAAAGUAAACAAUGAAGGGAUUCCAUACGAGUUCAAAUUGCCAUUCAGAAAUAGCAAUAAGUGGCAGCGGGGAAUUCCACCAUCUCACAGUACCAUUCAAACCCAGUCUCAGGCGCAAAGCCAGUCUGUCAACAAGAUGAUAUCUGCACCUGGUAGCAGAGCUCAGCCACAAGAGCGUAGUUCUGUUAUACCGCGCAGUGCUUCCAGUGAUGGACGACCAUUGGAUACAAAGAGGUCGCUAUCUGCAGUGGACAGUUCUUAUGUCUCCGUGUCAUCGGUUGGCAGAAACCAGCACAGCCGCAAUUCACCCAGUAAUCUGUCUUCCUCCAGUGACGCGGGAUCUGGUGGUGGCACCCAUCGAAGGCAGAAGUCCAUCCCUGAUGGAUUUGGUAUUAAUCGGCGGUCGCCUGGGUCAGUUGAUCGCUUGAGCUUUAAUGAAGGUGGCGGUAGUGGUAAAUCUACACCUGUUUGGCAGAGAAGUGAGGAUAGCAACAUGGAGAAAACUGAACCAACCUGGCACAUCCCAUCUGUGUCGAAGGUAACAUCUGCACUUCGAGAUAGCCCCAACGGGAGGCUGAUGAGACAGGACGUUGUAGUAGGCCACAUUUCUCCCAACAAACAUGGACAGACCGACGCACAGUAUUCAAGCCACUCGAGCAGCAACACACUUUCCAGCAAUGCUUCAAGUGCCCACAGUGAUGAGAAGUGGUAUGAAACAGGGGACCGCACAGAGUCUGAACUAAAUGGAUAUAACUACGUUCAGGGCACAUCCGCAGACAGUGGCAUCGACACAACCUCUUAUGGACCAUGUCAUAGCACCAUGUUGUCUUCAGGCACCCCAGUUUGUCCAACGAGUUCUUUGAGGUCUGCACCACUAAAGGAGAAGGCGGCUUCUCCUUGGCCUGGCUCCAGUGAUGGUAGCAUGCAUUGCAGCCGAUUGGGAGAUCGGGCAACUCACAGUUACGAGAGGAGGGGAGCACAAUCACCAGCACUGAGCACAGAAAGCAAGUCUUAUGGAGGAUUGAUACACAGUACGUCAAAUCUACCAUUUCGAGAAAGCAGUGCAUAUAGCCUCAGUGACACCUCCUCCCAAUCCAGUACUCUGAGUUCAAGACAUUCCAUAAGUCCAGUAGUCUUCACACGUAGUAAGAGUUCACCUCAUGACGAGACUCGUCCAACUCCUUCGCCACAGCCUUCACUCCACUCAUCCUCGGCAUCUGGACCCAGAACAUUUUACCCCCGUCAAGGGGCCACCAGCAAAUACCUAAUAGGCUGGAAAAAGCCAGAAGGGACUACCAUUAAUUCUGUUGGAUUUGUGGAUACAAGAAAGCGUCACCACAGCGAUGUUUGCGAAAUUACACAGACAAAGCUGCGAGGUUCAGUUCGAGACUUGAGGUCUCCUAAGAGAUCAUCAAAAUCCACAAUUGAAGAAGACUUGAAGAAGCUAAUUAACCUUGAUAGUCCUCCCCCAGACAUUGGAAAAGAUGGGAAGCCUUCUCUCCCAGACACACCAACCACAAGGAAGCCAUUGCACCGGACCCUGUCUGAUGAAAGCAUUUACAGUGGCCAGAGAGAGCCUUCAUUCUCCAACACUCAUUCAUCACUCCUGGACCAAGCUUUGCCCAAUGAUGUCCUCUUCUCCAGCACCCAUCCCUCCCUGCACUUCACACUGCCAGGCCGUAAGCAUGGACAGUCGAUAAAAUCUCAUCAUGUUGAACUUUCUGCAUCUGAUGGUUCCCUGUCUGAUAUUCAUGAAAGAAGGAGACAACCACUGCCAGACCCAGGCCUUAUGCCCCUGCCAGACACUGCCAUGGGCUUGGAAUGGUCCAACCUUGUGGAUGCUGCAAAGGCAUUUGAAGUUCAGAGAGCUUCUUUAUUUGGUGUUGAUGAUUCAGAUCACAGACCUGACAGCUUAUUGCUUGACAGCAGCAAUCAGGCAGACAGACACCCAUCACCUCAGGCUAUACCCAGAAGAGAGGAAUCUCCUACCACUCUCUCUGGCAAGGUGAAUGAACUGGAAAUGUUGCUGAAGGAACUUCAGGAUGAUUUGAGAAGGGCAAAGGAAGAUCGAGCUGCUCUGCAGGAAGAGGUGCAGCACCUGCGGGAGGACAACCUGCGUUUGCAAGAGGAGUCCCACACCGCGUCUGCACAGCUGAAGAAAUUCACCGAGUGGGUUUUCAAUACAAUCGACAUGAAAUGACUUUUGUAGGAAAACAAAGAAACAACAAACUCUUUUUCAGAAAAGAGCCUUGACGUGAUCUCCUGUUUGCGAGGAGCUCCACUUUAGAAAAUCCCAAGCACUUUCAUCACAAGCUGAAUGAAUGAUUGUUCUCAGUGCAUACCACAUACAUCUUUGCUUGCCUUACGUUUUCAUCUGGAAUUGUUAAAAUGUGAAAGUCAGGUUUUGCACAGUAUAUAUAUAUUUUUUUUGUAAAGCUCAUUUUACUACUUUGAACCACUUCCGUGGCAUUAGUUUUUCAGAUUUUUGUUAUCAUGACACAAAUUCGAUGCUUUCCCAUUUAAUUCAUUUAAUAUUAAAACAACACAUUUCAAAGGGAAAGGUCAAUCAGCUACAUGCCGGAAACUUUCAAACGUCUUAAAAGCAAAAGAGGGUUUUGAGUUCCAGAAGUUUUGAUUUGUACGUUAAUAAUCAGAGGUGGUCUCUCUUGAAUUGUUCACCAUGGUUGGGAAUCCUUCGGGUUUUUGCUUGGCAUUUGAAACAAUAAAUCCAUAAUUUUUUUUUUUUAAAAAGUUUAAAUAACAUGCAGUGUGAGUGUCUUUUAUCUGAAAUUGAUUUAACAAAAAAACAGAUCACCAUUCAGGUACAGUCUGAGGAAUGCUUCACACAAACACUUUUCAAAAUGCAUGUGAAGUGCCCUUUGCACAUCUCUUCUUGUACAGGUUCAGAUUACAGCACAAAUGGUGACCAAAAAAAUAAAUGAGCAAAAUUGAGGACCUUCUGGCAUCCUAACUAGAGGCUCUUUAAAAAAAAAGUAAACCAUUAUAUUGUUACUAAGAAACUCAUUUCAUUUCAUACUUAACCAAUUUUCAGUUUAUGAAUUGUGGAGAAACUCAUUGUUUAUUUAAAAGGUGGUUCAUUCAGAAGGAACUGGUGGGUUUUGAACAGUGAUGGUAUCAUGAGCUGCUUUGGAUGAAGUGUUGGUCCAGUAGGGACAUUUGUUGGGUAUAAUUCCCAUGAGGGCGAAUUCAAUUUGCCCACUAAUAGUGGCAGUUGCAUUGAGUGCAGGGGUUUGUCUGCAUUUUUUGUAUUUCCAAACCCCACCACCCCCCACCGACCCACCUUCCCCCACCCCAACCCCAGCCAAAACACACCCCCAUCCUCCCGGCCACCUUCAAAAUGAACAUUUUGUGAUUCCAAGGUAAUAGAAAAUAACUGAUACUUUUGUAAAUAAAUUGGAACUGAACUUUUCGGAAUAUUUUGUAAGGUUCUGGUAAGUUUUGAAGUUCUGGACUUUUUUUUUAAGUUUAAUAUGGCCUUGUAUGAAGGAAAUGUAUUAUACCUUGUAGUGUAUUGUUAAUACAAAUGGGAAUUAUGGCAGGCAUUAACGAGGUUUCAAAAGGUAUUUGCUUGUUCAGUUUCCACCGCCCCCCCCCCCAACCCCAUGGUAAAAAGUUGGAACUAAAGCCCGCCUAUUUAUUGUACUUAAGAUUUCUGAUUUAUUGUGUCCUGUAUUUAAUCAGAAAAGGUACAUCUAAACAUCUCACAAUAAAAUUUGUCUCAAUGUU